AUGAGUUGUAGCAGUGAGCCCAUAACCUAUCCGUGUACCAUUUGUGGUGAUCAAAGUCAUAUUGGACCUCACUGCCCCAUGUUUUACCCUAGUGAAACUACACGUGACCAGGUUAGUGUCCUACAUGGUGGUAUGAACUCUAAAUAUGAGGGUCGACCCAAGUUUGACCCAUACUUUAAUACCUAUAACCCUGGUUGGAGACAUAACCCAAAUUUCUCGUGGUCUAAAGAUAACCAUCUAGGUGGUCCAUAUAACAACCCACCACCAUGUAGUUCUAACCACAACGAACAUGUCAAAGCAGUUAUCACCCUUAGGAGUGGUAAAACUUUAGAGAACUCGGUAGAACCACCUAAGGAUAGUAAUCCAGCUGAAAAAGAGACUGAAGUUGACCAAACUUCGUUUAAAGAUCCCAAUGGUCUUGAAAGUGCUACGAGUCCAAGUGAGGAUAUCCCUAAGAUGGUGUACACAACACCUGCAUCAUUUCCUCAGAGGCUCGCUAAGAAAAAGACUAGUACAUAUGCUGAAAUCCUAGACAUCUUUAAGAAAGUUAAGAUCAACCUGCCCCUUUUAGAUGCAAUUAAACAUGUACCGGCUAUGUCCAAGUUCCUAAAAAAGAUGUGCACCGUGAAGAAAGAAAUGAGUGUCCAUAAAAAGGCAUUUUUGACCCAACAAGUUAGUUUCAUUAUCUCACAAAAGUACCCAGUCAAAUUUAAAGAUCCUGGGUGUCCUACUGUCACAUGUGUCAUAGGUAAACAAACGAUAGAGAAUGCUUUCUUAGAUCUUGGGGCUAGUGUGAAUCUAUUACCGUUCUCGGUAUAUGAACAACUUGGACUAGGCGAGAUGAAACCAACUAGGAUAACACUACAACUAUACGAUAGGUCAGUCAAAAUCCUACAUGGAAUUGUUGAAGACGUUUUGGUUCAGACCUGCUUGGCCCACUUUGGAGCCUACUAUGUUGAGGAUAGUCAUUUUGAAGAAGUUAAUGCGUUGUUAGAUUCUGCGCCAGUAAUGAAUUAUGGAAAAUGGAAACGUAAAACAGAACCUCUUCCGCCGACCAUAGAUAAACCCCUCUCAUCAUCAGUUAAGGAACCCACCUUGAGUUAA